AUGAUAUCCAAACCUGAUACUUGUCUUUUGUUGUAUUUGUGUAUAACUGAGGAUAUAAGAGUAGAGGUGUACAUGACAUAUCGUCAUUCCAACGUCGAACGUCAGGACGUAUGGACAUGGAAGAAUAUUUGGAAAAAAAUAUGGUACGAUCCUCGACAUCCCGGUUCUUUUGCCGGACCCUCUAAACUUUAUCAGGUGGUGAAACAAGAGGGUAAAUUCAAUAUUGGUAUGACUAAAAUAAAAAAAUUUCUACAGAACCAGGACGCUUAUUCGCUACAAAAGAAAGUGCGUAGAAAGGGGUUUAAGAGGAGGAGAGUCGUGGUUCAAGGUAUAGACUACCAGUGGGAAGCCGACCUGGCAGACGUUCAGAACUUGUCCGAAUACAACGAUGGCGUUCAUUUCCUCCUCGUGAUUGUCGACGUCUUUUCUCGGUUUCUAUGGGUCCGGCCCUUAAAAGACCGAAAAGCCAAAUCAGUUAUUGAGGCGUUUAAGGACGUGUUUACUGGAUCGAGACGCCCCCGAGCCAUAAGAACCGAUAAGGGAUCUGAAUUUUAUAACCGAUUUCUUCAACAGUAUCUAAGAGACCAAGGAAUCAAGAUUUUUUAUGCCUUGAACGAGACCAAAGCCAAUUUUGCCGAGAGAUACAUUCAAACGUUGAAAAAACGUCUGUAUCGAUAUUUUACGCACUUGCAAAAAUACAAGUACCUGGACAUCUUACAGGACGUGGUUCAGUCCAUCAACCACACCCCUAACCGAUCGCUGAAAGGUCGCACGCCGGCUUCUGUGACCAAGGAAAACGAAGACGAAGUGAGACUAGAUGCCUAUCAGGUUCGUCAUCGAAGGGACACUCGGAUUCCUAAAGUGAAGAAAUCGUCCAAGACGAAAAAACGUUUACCUUACACAUUUAAAGUGGGAGACCAAGUACGAAUCACGCACUUGCGACGUCUCUUUCAGCGGGAUUACGACCAAACGUACACCGAGGAAAUCUUUGUGAUUCGAGAUCGUUUCGUGUCUCAAGGCAUCCCCAUCUACAAACUGAAGGAUUUGACAGACGAUCCGAUCCAAGGUACUUUUUAUGCCAGCGAACUACAGAAAGUGAUCAAAGACGAGCAGACGAUCUGGAGAAUCGAUAGGAUUCUACGUAAACGCAAGGUUCGGGGUAAAGAAGAAGUGCUGGUGAGAUGGUUGGGAUGGCCCAAGAAAUUCGACAGUUGGAUUCCGAAAAGCGAUAUAAAAGAGACGUAA